AUAAGAUCUUAGUUAUGUCAGGAAAAUAUUGUUACUUUUAAAUUUUUUAUUAAUGAAUUAUUAUUAUAAAAAUGAAUCACGAAGAGAUAAAAGCCGUAGUUCAGGAAAAGUUUCUAUCAAGUGAAAAAGUAACGGCAUUUUUGUGCGACGCCAAAGUUCUCCACCCAGACUGGGUCAAGAAGGAAAGGCUCUUAGCAAUUGUGGAGUACGGAGAUGAGAAAGCCGUAUUUUGUUUAUUUACGUCAUGUUACCCUCCAAAAUCAUUCACCGACUUAUCUGUAGAAAUUGUGCUCCCAGUAGACAAUACUUUUAAAUGUGAAAUUGACAACAAACCCUCAGAUCCUGAAGCAAUUUUGUACCUGAACCUACAGUCUCGUAAUAAUAAAUUUAAGUUCGAAAUCCAAAUGACUCCUCGUGUUGACAAUUUUGUAGAUGACCUUUUUCGAGGUAUUGAAGCAGUGAACAAGCUGCAAUUACAACCAGAAUUCCUUUGGCUCAAAAAAUAUAAUGGCAAGAAUGAGGAUGAUAUUUUAGCUCACACUAUGGUCGCACCAAGGGGAGGAGUAACACACAUGCAGAACUCAGCUCCCGUUGCUAUAAGAGAGAGUCUCAUAAAGAGAAAAAUGAGUGACAAAGAGAAUGAUUACACAUUCACCAAAAAAUUUACUGUUUUCUGUGGCACCUGGAAUGUCAAUGAUAAAUCACCUGUGAUACCUCUCAAAGGAUGGUUAAGUGUGGAUAAAGAGCCACCUGAUAUAUAUGCCAUAGGUUUUCAGGAAUUAGACUUGUCCAAAGAAACCUUUCUUUUUGACCAAACUGCAAGAGAAGAUGAAUGGUAUAAUGCCGUGUUAGGUUAUGUGGAUAGGAGAGCUAAAUAUGUUAAAGUUGAAAAGGUGAGACUAGUGGGCAUGCUGCUCAUAGUACUGAUAAAGGAAAAGCAUUUUUCACAUGUACGUAAUGUUAUCUGUGACACGGUCGGUACUGGUAUAAUGGGUAAGAUGGGAAAUAAGGGAGGAGUCUCUAUAAGACUUGAUUUACAUAACACUUCCAUCUGUUUUGUCAAUUCCCAUUUGGCUGCACAUGUUGAAGAGUAUGAGAGACGAAAUCAAGACUUCAGGGACAUUUGUAACAGAACGAGAUUCAUACAACCCAACCAACAGCCGAAAGGUAUAAAGGACCAUGAUCACAUUUACUGGCUCGGCGAUCUUAACUAUCGCAUAACGGAGUUAGAUCCGCAGAGUGUCAGGAAGCUUGUUAGUGAAAAUAACUUUCUACCGGUCUUGGAACGAGAUCAGUUAAAACAACAGCAUAAAAAUGGUAAUGUUUUUUCUGGUUACACCGAAGGGCCUAUCACAUUUAAACCUACAUACAAAUAUGACCCCGGUACAGACAACUGGGACUCCAGUGAAAAGAACAGGGCUCCUGCCUGGUGUGAUAGAAUAUUUUGGAAAGGAAAUAAUAUUAUACAGUUAGCAUACAGAAGUCAUCCACCUCUAAAUAUAAGUGACCACAAACCUGUGUCCGCUAUAUUCAUGUCUGAAAUAAAAAUAAUAGAUGAAGAGAAGUAUAGGAAAGUAUAUGAAGAGGUGAUCAAACAGUUAGAUAAACUGGAGAAUGAACUGAUACCACAGGUUAAAGUGGACAUCACGGACAUUGAUUUUGGAACUGUUAAGUACUUGGAGUUGCAAGUAAGGACUAUCACUAUUAAGAACACUGGGAAACUGCCAGUGGAGUUUGAGUUCAUAAAAAAAUUGGAUGAGGCAAGCUUUUGCAAGGAAUGGCUGAUUGUUGAACCAUACAAAAAAUGUAUCUGUGCCGACGAGACAUGUGAAAUUCAACUGAAGGUGCUUAUAAAUAAGACUUCCGCUUGUAAAAUGAAUGCCGGAAUUGACAAAUUAUAUGAUAUAUUAGUGUUACAUCUGUAUGGUGGCAAGGAUAUAUUUAUUACAGUCAAUGGCACCUAUGAAAGAAGUUGUUUCGGAUGUUCCAUUGAGGUUUUAGUUAAUUUAAACAAGCCAGUCAGAGAAAUCCCAGUCGGGAAACUCAUUGAGCUGGAGAGUAAGAGAGAUCAAUGCAUUUCUAAUCAUUCGACAUAUUCUAUACCUAAAGAAAUUUGGUUCCUCGUUGACCACAUUUAUCUUCAUGGACUGAAGGAGCCUAAUCUGUUUGAACAGCCGGGUCUGCACUCGGAAGUUCUACAAAUCAGAGACUGGUUGGAUACUGGAUCUAUAGAUCCAAUACCUGGGAGCAUUCAUUCAGUUGCUGAGGCACUACUGCUUCUUCUGGAAAGUACAGCAGAUCCAAUAAUCCCAUACAAUCUUCAGUCAGUAUGUCUUCGGGCUUCCGCCAACUAUCUUCAGUGCAAACAAAUAAUAAUGGAAUUGCCAGAAUUUAGAAAGAACGUUUUUCUGUAUUUGUGUGAAUUCUUACAGGAGGCAUUGCAGCACAGCGCGGAGAAUGGUUUGGAUUCUAAGACGCUGUCGACUCUAUUCGGUGCUAUAUUCCUGAGGGACAACCCCAAUGUGAUCCAAGAACCUCAGUCCAGAAUAAACAAGCAAGUCAUUGACAAGAAGAAAGCACAUUUUGUGUAUCAUUUCUUAACAAACGACCAUAGUGAUUUAAUAUUUGCAAGAUAGCUGCAUUGUUACUAAAUUAUAAUAUUCUUAGUUUGAAUACUCAGAACAUUCUCACAUGAUAUUGCGAAUGAUUUUUAAAUGCACUAAUCUUUACAUAGUUUUGACAAAAAUUAUCAUGAAUUAUGAUAUUUAAUUUAAUAUUUUUAUAAUUAAAACUAAACUAACGUUUAUUUGUAAUAUUUCUAGUAUACUUAUCAACGAAAGUAAUGUGGCCAACAACAAUUAUUUAUACAUAGAUAGUCUUUGUUAUGAAUGUUAUAUUUUGUAUCUACAUACUGUAGUGACGUAGGCUUGCUAGGCGUCAUUAUUCUUAUAGCUAAAAAUAAUGUAGGAUUAUGUAACUGACAAUAGUAAAAUUGUUCUCAUUGAUUACACGACGAUCAUUACAGAAGCUUUUAAGUUGUAUUAGCCAUAGAAAAUUGUACAAACCUUAUAGAUUAAUGACAUUCCAUAACACUAGUCAGUGUAAUGGACAUUUACUGUUUAGUUAAUAAGAUGUAUGCUUUGUUAAAACGUGGCCAGCCACGUGCUGUACUUAUAUGAUAAUUUAUUAAGAGCUUUAAAUAUUGAAACAUUCAAUAUUACAUUUUUUUUAAUUUCGUCAGAAUUUUUCUUUGACCUCUAAAUAUGAUAAAUAUUCUUUUCUAUAAUGUGUAUUUGUGGGCAUAAAAUAAUUCCGCUUCUUUCUACAGUUUUAUGUUUAUGACUUAUUAUAUACUGUUGUAUCCUUUAUUCUGUAAGGUAUAUUUACCAGUUUACCAAAAAUAGAGUUCAUAUGUGACCAUAAUAUUACACAAAAUAAUUUAUUAAAAUGUAAACUAAAUAA